UCGUUGUUCCAUUGUUUCGUAUGUUGAGAUCAAAGCCCGACAAAGAUCUUUUGUUUAAACAUUAUGUUAAAAUGUGUUAAAAAUACAAUAUUUUCUCUAAAUUUAUUUUUUUAUUUCUUUGUUAUUAUACAAUUAUAAUAUUAAUUUUAAAUUCAUAGUUUUAAAUUUUGGUAAAAUUUAUUUUAUAAAAAAAUUUUUAAUUAACUGCUGAUGUAGAUAUAUUUUUUUUUUUAUAAAUAAUUUAUUAUUUUUAUAAAUUAUGGAGAAAAAAUAUUAUGAAAUUAAUACUCCUUUUAAAAAUGAUGAUAUAGAAAAAAAACUUAGAGAGGAAUUUGAAAAAGUAAAAAAAGAUGGAACGUUUUUAAAUGUUUCGGAAAUUGAGGAGAAUUUGAUGAUUUUGAAAAAAUGGUUAAUUUCAGCGCCAAAAAAUAUUGUUUAUAGAGUUAAUACAAUAUUAUCUGAUUCAAAACAAAUAACAAAUUGUAUAGAAAAUGAACUUCAUUGCCAAAACAAGACAAAAGGACAUUGUCGUAAAUUACCGACAAUUAAAUUAUUUGAAAAAAUUCCAGAAUUAAUUGUCGUUAAUUGUUGGAAUGAUGAGAUUAAUUUGAAUUUAGAAAUUCAAUCGAAAGAAAUUAUUGUCGAUGUAAAAUGUGGAGAAGCUGUAAUUCGAGGAGCUGAUAUUUUUGCACCUGGUGUAAUUGGAAUGCCUCAUGGAUUAAAUGUCGGUGAAACUGUUAGUGUAUUUGCUGAUAUUGUUAAAGAUUGUAAAAAGGGUCUUGUUAAAAAAUAUGCCGAUGAAAAUAAAUUUUUUCUUGGCAAUGGAAUUAUACAAUUGACCAGAGACGAUUUAUUUGGACAUGAAAUAAAAAAUGUGAGUGGUAUUGCUGUAAAAUUAAUUGAUGUUGUGUCGAGACUUCCACAAUUAAAUGAUAAAAACUUUGAAAUUGGCUCGUGUUUACUUCAAAAUUUACCAUCAAUUAUUUGUUCACGAAUUUUGGAUCCUCAACCGGGAGAAAUUGUUCUUGAUAUGUGUGCUGCUCCAGGUCAUAAAACUACACACAUUUCUGCUUUAAUGAAAAAUAAAGGAACGCUAAUAGCACUCGAAAAAAAUAAGAACAAAUUACAAGGCUUAAAGAAACAUUGUGAAAAUUUUAAUGCAAAUCAAGUUCAUUGUUUUUGUUUUGAUUCAACGAAGGCAUUAAUAAAUGUCGAUGAAAAAAGACAAAUUUCACAGGGACCUCCUUUUUUAAAGGAAACAUUUGAUCGUAUUUUAUUGGAUGGACCAUGUAGUGCUUUGGGACAGAGGCCACAAUUUUUCAAUACAAUCACAAUUUCACAGCUUAAUUCCCAUGUUUUUUUGCAAAAAAAUUUAUUUUUCACUGCAGUAGAACUUCUUAAAUCUGGUGGAACUUUAGUUUACAGUACUUGUACAAUUACUUUAGCAGAAAAUGAAGAAAUUGUUGCAUGGGCAUUAAAAAAAUUUCCAAUUUUAAAAUUACAAUCGAUAAAAAAUAAAAUUUCACAAAUGAACAUUUUAAAUUAUGGUACUACAGGUUUUAAUAUCGAUGGAUUAACAAUUGAGGAAUCUGAUUCAUUACUUCGAUUUGGUCCCGAAAGUGAUUGUAUUGGAUUUUUUAUUGCUUGUUUUACAAAAAAAGAAACACAAUAAUUCAUUAAUG